GUACCACCAAAAGCUCGCACAGUCCAACGAGAAUUAUAUCUGUUACCAUAGGUCUGACCGAGUGUCGAAAGGGUCCUUCAGGUUAGGAUUCGACGCACAGAAUACAAACAGCGCCCAAAAUGGCAGACAUGGUCGACCCUCAAACCGAGCAAAAGCUCAUUGACAAAGCACAGGAGAAGCUAGUGAAGCGGAAGCGUUUCGAAGAAGUCUUUCCAAUACUCGUCGACGAGCUCAUGGCUUACUGCACGAGUGAGGGCAUGCCGCAAGACGCUAAGGACUGGUUCAAACGGAGUCUGAUGUACAACACACCAGGAGGAAAGCUGAAUCGUGGGCUCAGUGUUGUGGACACGGUCGAGAUCAUGCUCUGCACGGAUGCCACGGGCAACAAGACAAGAGAACUAUCUGAGCCAGAAUACCUCAAGGCCGCCAUCCUCGGGUGGUGCAUUGAGCUUCUGCAAGCAUACUUUCUGGUCGCGGACGACAUGAUGGACAAGUCGAUUACACGAAGAGGUCAACCGUGCUGGUACAAGGUCGAGGGUGUCGCGGAGAUCGCCAUCAACGAUUCGUUCAUGCUGGAAGCCGCCAUCUACUUCUUCCUUAAGAAGCACUUCCGUUCCGACCCGUGCUACGUCCAUCUGCUGGAGCUCUUCCACGACGUUACCUUGCAGACAGAGCUCGGGCAACUGGUGGACUUGAUCACUGCACCCGAAGAAUCUGUCGAUCUGAGCAAAUUCUCUCUGACCAAGCAUCAUCUCAUUGUUGUCUACAAGACAGCCUACUACUCCUUCUACUUGCCGGUGGCGCUCGCAAUGCGACUGAUCAACGUAGAGGACGAAGCGUUGUACAAGUCUGCGCAGGACAUUCUCAUUCCGCUGGGCGAGUACUUCCAAGUGCAGGAUGACUACUUGGACUGUUACGGCGCACCAGAGGUCAUCGGAAAGAUCGGCACCGAUAUUCUGGACAACAAGUGCAGCUGGCUCAUCAACAUCGCUCUCGCCAGCGCUACUGAGGAGCAAAGAGCUGUGCUGGACGCCAACUAUGGACGAAAAGACGCGGCAUGCGAGGCAAAAGUGAAGGAGGUGUACCAGGCACCAAACAUCGACAUCAAGUCUCGCUUCGAAGCGUACGAGAAGGAAAGCUACCAAAAGAUCAACGCUCUCAUUGAGGCACUGCCGCAGGACGCAGGUGCCGUUGGCAAAGGAGGACUCAAACGGGAGGUGUUUAGGGCUUUCCUCAAUAAGGUCUACAAGCGGACUAAGUGAAUUUGCUAGGCACGGUCAAGCAUGGUUGAUUGCGCGCGUACACACCUACAAGCACAUCCACACAUAAUCAUUCACAAACAAGGAGGGGAGGUCAUUUUCUCUCCCACAAACCACGUUCUUUUGUCCUGCCCUUCGCUAUUGUAGAGAGACCUUGCUCGCACGCAAAGGAAUAGAUUCCCCUAGCCGCUGCUGCUCAAUACUCUGCGGUCCCUUCGCAGCGCGGGCGCGAUGCCCGUAAUUGUAGUGCAGC